AUGCACAGGCUGGUGUCCAGUUCCCUGCCCUCCAUGAACCAACUUCCCCUCAAGUUCCUUUGCCACAGCAGGAGGGAGGUGGCUGAGGCGCCGCAGACGUCGGAGAAGCCCAAUGCAAAAUCCCUGCACCUGAUACUACCCGAGGACCGGACUUGUAUUCUAAAACUUUCUCUCCAGAAGCUCCAAUUCCUGGACGACCCCGAAGCCUAUCUCCGUAGGUCUGUAUUAAUUAACAAUCUGUUGAGGAAGAUUCACCUAGAGACAGAGAGGGAGAGCUAUGAAUACUUUAAGGAGGCUCCGUGUUAUAGGACUGCUUACUCUGACGCCCGAAAACGGCUGAAGCUGAUGGUGCAGGAGUGCUGUUCCCAGUCUCUCUAUUAUGAAGAGCUGCGUUCGUAUCGCAUCGUGCCUUACUCUGCAGAGAGCGCCGUGUACGGGAUGGGCUACAGCAGCAGCCACCUGGGCAGCCCCCCCCCCCCCCCCCCCAUCCUCAAGUGGAAACAAGUUGGGUUAAAUUUUUGA